AUGGAUUUGCCUGAUGCAUUAGUUAAGUUGACAAUCCAUAAGUUUAAGAAGAAGUAUACCUAUGACUUUGCAUAUAGGACCUAGGAGGAUCAUUAAAAGUUCUAACACUACAAUCGAUUACUAUAAAAUAAGUAGAUAUUUAACCUAAAAGCUGAAGAAUUUUCAAAAUUUUUGAACUGCACCUUUGAUUAUCUUGUCUGUGAAAAAAACAUAAAAGAAAUUACUUAAUAUCUGUUGAUAGAGUCAUACUUAACUGAGAAAGUGCCUUCAAAGAGGGACUUAAAAGAUCUUUUAUUUUCGAUAGAUGAAAUAUCAUAAUAUCUAAGAAUUCAGGAGAAGUUUAAUAAGAAUCCAAGUCAUUAUCCCUUAGUCUCCCUAAUAAUGGCAAGUCAUGAUAGAGAUUAUUUUUUGCUUGAAGCAGUCAAAAGUUGUUUUUAUUUAACAUAUCCUAAUUGGGAGCUAUACAUUGUUGAUGAUGGUUCUAGUAAUCCACUAACUUAUAAAGUUCUUGAAUUGCUUGAGUCAAUUCCCAAACUAAUUGUUCAAUAUCUUUAUACUAAUCAGUAUUGUUCAUUCACCAACAAUUACGCCAUUGCUUAACUCCAAGGUGAAUACUUUGCAUUGUUAGUCGAUGAUGACAUUAUGGUGCCUGAUAGAAUUGAAAAAUAAUUGAAUUUUAUGUAGAAUAAUCCAGAAAUAGAUUUUAGUGGAGGUUAAGCUAUAACUAUUGAUGCAUCUGGUAAAAUUACUCUGAUUCCAGAUAGGCCUUUCAUUAACAUUUGGCAUAUUAUAAUAAGUAUGGUAGGAAAUAAUCAUUUCCCUCAUAGUUCUCUUUUUGUUAGAAUGAAUGACAAAAUGAAAAAGCAUUUUUACUAUGAAAAUACCAGUGCUCCUGACUUUAGAUUGUGGUUUAAGUUGCUCAUAGAUCUUGAGCAAGAAAGAAUAAGAAUUGGUAUGACCUAGGCACAUGUUAUUAUCUAAAGAGAGCAUGGAAAGAGAAUGACAUACACUGAGAACGCUGCAUUUCUUCACAUUUAAAAGUGGACUGCAAUAAAAUAGGUUGAGGCUUAUAAUACUUUUAGUCCUUUAUUACUUGAAUAGGUUCAUUCUUAAUGCUUAAGAACAGCAUUACAUGAUAUAUCUAACAAGAAUCAUAUUGUUCGAGCUUGCAAAGAUUUUGAUAUGGCUAUGAUAGCAAAAUUAAUGCUUGCUCAUUAGCAGACUAAAGAUUUUUAUUCACCAAAAGAUAUAUAAGAAUUGAAUGAAACUCUUCAGUUUUAUACUGAUUACUACAACUAAGCUGUCUUAUAAAGAAGAGUUAAUCUUUAGCCUGAGGAAUAUCGAAAAGUAUUUGCUAGUAUACUCUCAGUAGGAGAUUCAAUAUCGGCUGAAAAACAAAUAGAAUCAUUAAAAGACUUUGUAGAUGGGAUAGCUGUAGUACAUAUCAACACAGAUUUAUAAUAUGAUGGGUAGAAUUCUUAAAAUAAAAACUCCUCUUAUCUAAGAUUGAAAUAUUAAGAUAGCUAGAAAAUAAAAGUUGAAUAUAUGGAAAAUGAUUCUUACAGAAUAGUGAUGGAAAAAUUUAAUUAGUAAUUAAGAAGAUUUAGAGUAGGUGGCGCUGACUAUAUUUUAAUAUUAGGUCCAGGAGAAUUUGUUUCACCUAAAGAAAUUAAAAGAUUCUAAAAUUAUAGAAUGGACAUUGGGAUUUUUGGAUUAUAGCAAUAGAACUAGUCAAAAUUAAUCACUAGCUCUAAAAUAACUACCCAUUGGCUAUUGAAUCAUAUCGGAUAUGAGUAACUAAGAAAGUAUGAAAUUGACCCAGAUAUUUUCAAAUUAGCAAAUGAACAUGCUUUUGAAGACAAUAUUUAUCUGAUCUAAGUUGAUUUCGGGAUGUUAAAUGUUUAAACCAUUAAAAAUGGAGGUUAUUACAUUUAAUACUGA